AUGCUGUUGAUCAUAAAACAAGUGUGGAAUGCGCAAACAGUAGCCGACGUAGAUAAUGUUGUUUGUGCUGAAAUAUCAGACAGAGAGGGAGAACCGGAAGCAUAUGAGGCAGUCACCAUGUAUAUGAUGCACAUAAAAUGUGGUGCUGACGAUCCCCAAUCACCAUGCAUCCGUGAUGAGAGAUGCGCAAAUCGUUUCUCCAAACAGAUUCGUGAAAGCACGUCCAUGGAAACUGACAGCUAUCAGUGGUAUAGGAGACGGAAUCGCACAAUCAGAAUCGUUGAAAUUAAUGGAAGAGUAUAUAGUGAUGAGUGGUUCGUGCCGACCAAUUUGUACCUCCUCAUGAAGUUUAACUGUCACGUGAAUGUUAAAAUUUGUGGUACAAUUUCGGCGGUGAAAUAUCUAUACAAAUACAUCUACAAGGGUUCCGAUCGUGCGCGAAUAACUAUUGAAAGCGACUCUGAUGGUAGUGGAAAUCAGGUGGUAGACGAGAUAAAACAGCAUUUGAGCACUCGGUAUGUCUGCUCACCUCAAGCUCUUCACAAAGUGUUUGGAUCUCCAGCAUUCUUCAUUCAAAGCACGUCAUGGUUAGAAACCAAGAAGACGUGGAGGGAAAGAAAUAGCACGUAUGUACACGGUUUCGAAGAUGAAGAAGAUGAAGAUGUCGAACGAUACGGUCUCCGUAUCUUUUUGUUAAACACCAAAAGGAAAAUGUCAUUCAAAGACCUGAGAACAGUAGAUGGCAGAAGGCUAGGAGCGGAAAAGGUAAUUGCUCUCGCCUAUUUCGACGUCGCCGAUUGGAUGUUGUUGCUUGGCAGAGAUUUGACCCAAAUUGUUGUGCCACCUGUGAAUCAAAGAUCUUCACUUCCCAAUGUUCCAGUUGACUAUCGCCAGCAUGAAAGUGAAGGAUCACGACUAUAUGGUGGACGAACGGUCACUUCAACGUUCAAGCUCAACAUGCUUGAUGGAAUUCGCACAUCUUUGGUGAAACGACAACAAAAAGAAGCACGACAACCUAUGGCCACUGAAAUUAUGAUCUGGGAUGAGAUUUUUACGACUCCGUAG